AUUUACUUGUUAUCCGCUCUAUAACACAGUUACAGUGCUAUUGUACUGUAUAGUGCUCUAAACCGCAGCGUUCAGUUCAGUUUUACUGCGGAACCUCUGAAGAGGCAGUUCAGCCGGACUGUGGAGUAAAGGCGCUUCUCCGCGGACUGAGAGCUGCUGCUGCUGAGUUUCCUCGCGCCUGUCUGCAGCAGCUCGGCCGGACCUCGCGUGUGAGUUGAACACGGAGGGUGUUCUGAUCUUCCCGGCGCUCGUGCACUGCGUCGUCUCCCGCUGUGAGUGCUGGGUACUGCUGCGCUCUGACCGGGAGCACCGGGAACCGGGAGUCUGUUGUCAUGGCUACUGAGGACGCCAUCUCCGCGAGCUCUAUGUGAACCAAAUUAAAAUAUUCUCCUGAAAUUCAUCACCAACAACCAGGAUAUUUAACUAAGAGCAAUGUGAAACUGCUGAAAGAGGUGAAGCAAAAGCCGUCCAGAAGAAUCUCCAGAACACACAGAAACAGUUUGCUACAUUUAACAGACAAUUGAAGCCAAGUCCCAACAUGGAGAAACAUCAGCACUCUGUCAAGAGUUUUACUAAACAGAGUAAUCUCAAAAAACACCAGCGCAUUCACACAGGAGAGAAACUGUAUCACUGCUCAGACUGUGGGAAGAGUUUUAAUCAUCAGAGUAAUCUCAAAAAUCACCAGCGCAUUCACACAGGAGAGAAACCGUAUCACUGCUCAGACUGUGGGAAGAGUUUUAAUCAUCAGAGUAAUCUCAAACUGCACCAGCGCAUUCACACAGGAGAGAAACCGUAUCACUGCUCAGACUGUGGAAAGAAAUUUACUACACAGAGUCAUCUCAAAAUUCACCAGCACAUUCACACAGGAGAGAAACCAUAUUGCUGCUCAGACUGUGGAAAGAGUUUUAAUCAACAGAAUCAUCUCAAAAAUCACCAGCGCAUUCACACAGGAGAGAAACUGUAUCACUGCUCAGACUGUGGGAAGAGUUUUACUACACAGAGUAAUCUCAAAAAUCACCAGCGCAUUCACAAAGGAGAGAAACCGUAUUACUGCUCAGACUGUGGGAAGAGUUUUACUGAACAGAGUAGUUUCAAAAAACACCAGCGCAUUCACACAGGAGAGAAACCGAAUUACUGCUCAGACUGUGGGAAGAGUUUUACUCUACAGAGUACUCUCCAAAUACACCAGCGCAUUCACACAGGAGAGAAACCGUAUUACUGCUCAGACUGUGGGAAGAGUUUUACUCAACAGAGUACUCUCCAAAUACACCAGCGCAUUCACACAGGAGAGAAACCGUAUCACUGCUCAGACUGUUGGAAGAGUUUUACUCAACAGAGUAAUCUUCGAAAACACCAGCGCAUUCACACAGGAGAGAAACCGUUUUAUUGCUCAGAUUGUGGGAAGAGUUUUACUCAACAGAGUAAACUCAAAAAACACCAGCGCAUUCACACAGGAGAGAAAACUCCAUCUUAGUUCAGUUUGAAGGCAAUUAAAAGUGCAAAUCGUAAGUCUUUUCCACUACCACUAGGCCCAUCUGCAUGAAAGAAGAAGUGAAAACACCAGCUGAGGAACUCCAGAGUGUGUUCCCAAAAGUGAGACCCAGAGCCACAGAGAGAGACGACACUGUUCCGGGUACUGCCGUGUGGACUGGAGGAGCAUCCAGACCCGCAGAGAGGCCAACAAAAUCCUUUCCAGAGGUUAAAUAAAACGCUCCAGCCGUAGUUCCCAUACUGAAAUCAACCCCCUCCAGACUUGUGUAGCGCAGUAAGGUUGCAGGCUCAUUCAUUCCCUCUGAUGGUGUUCUCAUUUGUCUAUGGUUCGUUCUGAUUAAAAAUCUGUAACCAUAGAGGGAUAUAGAUGGAUAUUUGGUUGUUGUAUUACUCAAGUUUUAUGCUCUCUUAUCUUUUCCUUAUUUAAUAUUAUAUGUUGCUUAAGGUUUUUUGAUCUCCAAAAUUUACUAAGAAUAUCCAAAUCAUGUAGUUUCUUAAUUGUUUUUAUCCACUACAAACUAUUAUCUUUGUAUUGCUUCACCUCUAUAUUUACUCAUCUGUGUGUUUUAAU